CUCCCACGGCUGCUGCUGCCUUCUUCGUUAGGGUUAAUUGCCCCCCAUGACCGGGAUGGGGGAAUUAAUUCCUCCAUCCCGGUCUUCCGCUGGAGGUCUUCGGCAAUUUUCGCUUCUUUUCGCUCCCAGAUCCCCUGCAUCCCCUCCCCUCCCGUGCGUACAUCGACAGUGACGUAUUCUCGAAGUCCGCCAGCUUCGUCAACAAGCCCCGGCUGGCUUCGGCGCCUGGCCCGUGCCCGUGCCCGUGCCCGGCGAGCUCCUCUCGUGCCGACCUAGAACCGACCGAUGUUCCGCGGUGAACGACAAAGCGUAGCGGUAAAAAACACUCACUCGGGUGACUCGACGAGUUACCACCGGUGGGAGUUGAGCGGGGUCAAAAGCUCGACCGAGGCUGCGGGCAUGCGAUCGAAAUCUGCGCAGAAAGGUAACCUUGACCCGAGGUCACUUUUGCGAAAGCGGCAGCAGCAAAAUCUCCGAGGAAAGGUGAAGGUGGCGGUCUACGGGGACCCGCUAUUCCCUUGCAGCAGCAGCAGGCAUGUCACCAUUGCGCCUCGAUCUUGGAAGACUCAAAAGUCUUGAUUUUCUCAUCCUCAUCCUUUUCUUCGGACACCCUUUCCUCCCUCGGCCGGUUCUUGAAAUUGCAGUUUGGUGCCCAUAAAAUAAAGCAGCCGCUUUUGACAAAUCGUCGUAAACAAAUCUUGUAAUCGUACCGUGAAUGACGGCAUGCUUUAAGCCCUCGACGUCUUCGUCGAGGGCUUAAAGCAUUUCUUCUUCUUAUUUCUUCUUGAAGACAUUUCUGGCAACGCAAGGUGCAAGUAAGGUCACUGAUUUCUUACAAAUCGAACUGUUUUUUGGUUCUGAAGAACUGAUUAUUGCCAUUUCUUCGUAUUUAGUUUUUUCUCUAUUUCGUCUUUCAGAAUGAUCAGAGCGAGCAACUUCCAGAAUUCCGUUCUUUCCCGUUCAGAGCUUCACUUUCCAGCAUCUCCUC